AUGAUGGCCAAGGCACUUCGGCCGCACUUAAAACACCCUCAAAAUCGCCUCGCCACGACAGAGUGCGCAGGAUCAAGACAGGAGGUUGUAGGAGGGGCUCUCUUGGAGAAGGGCGUGAACGAUGGUACGUUACGUCUCAGUUACCCCCGAAACUCAAAGAGCCGGUUGACAAUGCGAUCGAUCUCACGUCCAGCGUCAAAGAUCUUUAGUGGGCUUCUGGCUCCUCAGUCGCGUCGGACUCGUUCCACCCUUCUAUCAAUAUCGCCAAAAGCCCCGUCGGCUUUGCGACAGACCGUUUCUCCCAGAUCCUCUUUCGCGCCCUUUCAAAGAUACUCAUCAUCACUGUCUGUGCCGGGCGCAGAACCUCGCGCGGCGGAAGAGAAAAGAGAUGAGCCCUCUUACGAGUUGAGCUUCACCUGCAAACCCUGCCUAUACCGGUCCACCCACCGCGUUACAAAGCAUGGCUAUCACCACGGAACCGUCCUCAUCACUUGUCCUUCCUGCAAGAAUCGCCACGUAAUAUCGGAUCAUCUCAGAGUCUUUAUAGAUCAGAAAUCCACCCUCGAAGACAUCCUCCGGAGGCAGGCUGCGAAGGGCCAAGAUUUCACAAAAUUGUUGAAGAAAGGAAGCCUUGGUAUCCGGCCUGGAAAUUUGAUCGGCAACGAAGGCGAAGAGGAUCUCGAGUUCUGGGAGGAUGGCACCGAGACCGUGCACACGCCGAUCGAGGAGAAAAGAAAGAGCCAACCAGCUUCCAAGCAGGGUUCGGUGGGUACCGAGUGA